CAGUCUUUUUCAGAAAAUAUGAAAGAGGAAGAAGAAAACGAAGAAAAGGUCUCGAAAGUACAGAUAGAAGAAAUUGAAGUCGAAGAAGAUGAACUGAAAGAUGAAAAAGAAGAAACAAAAUUAACGACAGAAGAGGAAAAUAUAGUUUAUAUUUUCAGCGAUGAAGGAGUUGAUGAGGAAGUAGUUUUAGAUUCACAAUCAACUGAACAAGGAAAUGUGUUUAUCGUCGGAGGAGAUGAAUUCAUAUUUAUAAGUUGUUGGUGAAACUGAUGAGUUAAAUGAAGAAGAUGAUUCAUGGAGAAUCCAGCAAAUCAAAAGUAAAAGAGUUUUGCUUUCACGGCCUGCCAAGGAUUCUUCAGACUUUCAGGUUGUUCGAAGACGACAGGUUCAGCUGUUUGCCCGAGAUCAGAUUGUCGAACCUCAGUUUUGCCCAGAUUAUUUUUGUGAAGAGGUGGUCCUCGCUGAUACACAGGAGAAGCGGAGUAGUGGAAAACGGCGGAGAACGGGUAAAAUAAGAACGACGGCGGACAGAUCCGGUCCUUUACCGGCUAUUAAACCAAAGACAGAUGAUCAAGGAUUUGCAAACCAUGAAACUGUAUUUAUCGAUCCCGAAUCCAAUCCUGGACGAAUUCUUGUAGCAUUCUCACAGCCUCAACAGCCUCCUGAUCCUCUAAACUCAUCGCAGAUUCUCAAAAUUCAGCCUCGAAACAUCCAAACUCAUUCUCCCAACCUCCAAACCAAACCAAAGAAUAAACCUGAAAUUAAAUUGGCGCCAAAACAAUCUCCCAAUCUUGUUCCAAAGUAUUUAUUGCAGAACCUGGCUCCCAAACAAAGUAUUCAUCCUGUUCAACAAUCUCUUCAACCUGUUCAGCCUGUUCAGCAACCUUUUCCCGGUGUUCAAGUCCAGAUCCAACCCUCUACUCAGCAAACAAACAUGAACACAACCGUUAAUAUUCAGGAUAAGUUUAGAACAACUAGUCAUCAAGCGCAAUCUCCUUACUCCCAGGUCUCAAUGAAAAUUGGAUCCAAUAUAUCGGAAGCAUUAACAAAGGGAUAUCCAAGACUUAAACAGAUUCCGUCUGAUAAACAUAGAUGGCUUUGGCAGUUCAUGAAGGAAUUAUUUAACAGGAAUGAUCCGUGUUUCCGGUGGCAAGAUGAAAGUAUCGGUAAAUUUUAUUUGGAGGAUAUUGGUCGGUUGGGUAAACUGUGGGAGAAUUAUAAACAAUUAAAAAAUAUAAGAGCACAGAGCUGGAGACAGAUGAGAUAUUAUUUUGGAUUUUACGAAGAGAAUAGAAUUAUCCGGCAGAUUCCUGAAGGUGAAGGAUAUAUUUAUCAGUUCCAGGAACUCUUCUACAAGGAUCGGUUUGUUCCCUACAAAUAUAAACCAAUCAAGGAUUUCAGUUUGUUAGAAUCCUUGGCAUUAUCUAAAUAUGUUCCUUCAAACAAUAAAAUAUCCCGGCCAGGAGUUGACGUGGAGAAGCUGUGGUGUGAGCGAGGUUGUGGCAGCCAAUUCAAGAAAUCUGAAGCUUUAAACAGACAUCAGACAGUCUGCACAUUCUCAUGAUAGUUCGCGCAAUUCUUCCCCGGAUUUAUUUUUCAACUCUGCAUAUUCUCAUGAUAGUUCACGCCAUUUUUCCCAGGGUAUAUU